AUCAAUCAAUCAGUUACCCCACCCAAGUUAACCCCAAAAAAAUAAACGAAACCCCGCAUUAAACCUGCCCCGCCCUGCCAACAAAAUCAAAUAAAUUAUAUAUAUAUAUAAAUGUAUAGAUAAAUACAAAAUAGAAAUGAUAAGAGCGUAGGGCGAGCGCACAGGACAGGCAGACGAGGGAGCCACAGGAGCCGCUGGAGCGGCGGCCAAAGGAUACCGCUCACCUCAAGGAUCGGCGGGCGCUGCCACAGAAGCCAGAAGAACAUGCGCCAUGUCAAAACUGCGGCAUUACAGGUCCAUGGAUCAGCCCAGCAGCACCUGCGUGGUCAUACGCAAAAAGACUAUGACAGCCAUUUGCUUCGUGUGCAACCUGCCCAUCAUGUCGCACCAGGUGGGCUUGGUGUGGCAGGGCGGCAACGGCUGGGACGAUCUUGUGCGCGAACAGCUGGAAGAGUCCACCAUUCGUCAGCGACUAGGCGGGAGGCGCGACUCUGCGGCACAGAUCACAACGCCACCGAGCACCUCGCCGCCGCCGGGACUCCAGCGUCGGCGUCGCAGCUCCCUGGCCCAGCUGACGGACAUCCUGCGCGAGUGGAGCGGCGGCGGUGCCAGCAAGCAGCAGCAGCAGCAUCAUCACCAGCAGACGCAGCAGCAGCAGACCCAGUCCCAGUCCCGCUCCAAGGCGCAGCUCAAUCGCCGCGAGACGCUGGCCGAUCUGGCCCGAAGCCUGCCCUGGCGCACCUCAACCACUACGGAUGCCAGCACUGGAGCUGGAGGCACUGUUACCACCUACAUGGCACCGCGCAAGCGACGCGAAUCCAGUGCAGACUCUGGAAUCCGGAGCAUGCGUUCGCGACGCGAAUCCAAUACGGCAGAGUUUGUGCGUCACUGGAACCGACGCGAGAGUGGAGCAGUUGAGGAUCAGCCAGGAUCGAGCAACUGUGGCGUUGCCGUGCCCGUGGUCAUCGAGUGCAGCAAGAGCGCCUCCCGUCGCGGAUCCGGUGAGAGCUACCUGUCCGGCAGUCGGCGCGAUAGCAAUGUGGCCGGACGGGUGACAACACCACCGCCGCCGGGCAAGUAUCAGGUCACCAAGAAGCGCGACUCCCUGGCCGCCCCGGAGUUCCCCAACUUCCGGCAGGAGCAGCGGCCCAGCACCAGCUCCGCGGGCUCCUGCUCGGAUCACUCCCAGCCCCUGAUAUCGCAGCAUUCGAGCACUCAUCACCUGGCCCACCACCAGCAGGUGGAUACCGCCUGUCAGGCCCUGCCGCCGCCGACGAUCAUCACCAGCUCUGUGACACCGCCGGCCACUAGUCCCACGGCACCCAAGGGUCGUCGUGACUCCCAGACGCAGUGCGGCCGGGUCAAUCGACGUGACUCCAAGGCCGGUGUCAGUCCGGAGCGAGCGCCGCGUCUUCAGCGGCUCCAGCGACAGGCCACCGCCUUCGACGAGGGUUGCCUCCCCGGUGGAGGCGGCGGCAGUCGUCGUGGCUCUCAGCCAGCUCUAAGUCCGGAUCCACCGGACCAGGACUGUGAGCGGAGGACAUCGCGGCGGGAUUCUCUAUCGCCGGACAGUGCGUCGCGCGGCGGUCGCAGGGACUCGAGGACACACUUGUCCCCGGACAGAUCACACGAGCGGGAUGGCAGUCCGAGGAGGCACACGCUUCGCAGGCAAAGCAGCUCGGCGGCGGCCAGGUCGUCCAGGUCACCGGACUCCAAUAGCUGCUGCUCCUCGCGGGAUCCCAGUCCCUGCUCGCGACCCGGACCGCAGGUUUCCGCCGUUUCCGAGCAGAACCAGCGGCCGGCCAUUAGGCGUCAGUCCACCACCGAGGAGAUCCUGAUAGCGCGCGGCUUCCGGCGGCAAUCGACCACCGAAGAGAUGAUACGUUGCCGGAACUUCCGGCGUCAGAGCUCCCAAAGCGACGAUGUGUGUCGUUAUCGUGGCAGACGCGACUCCUCGGCCCAGAUCAUAGAUGGCACCAUUGGCACCAUGACCGUGGAAACCACCAGCACUUUUUUCGACUCCAGCACACAGACAGAACCCUCGCCGCUAUAUGACAACAAUCAUUAUCAUGAGGAGUGUCUGCGAUGCAACUCCUGCGGCCUAAACUUGACUGGACCCAACCAGAAGCGGGCCAGGAGAUUUAAGAACCAGAUCCUGUGCGACCUGCACUUCGCGGACGUGGCCCUGAUGGAGUGCUCCGACUUUAUGCAGCAGCUGCGUAGCUUCAAGCCACAAUCGCUGGGCUGCGCGGUCGCCAGGCGGAAGAGCUCCACCACGCUGAUAUUCCCACUGCCGCCGCAAGCAUGUUCAGAUGAGUUCUGUGAGGAGUAUCCGCACAAUCUGAUGCCCACGCCUGGCUAUUGGAUUGAGUGCUCCCGCCAGAAGAUCACCAUGCCCACACCGCACACCAUUUGGGAUGAGAGCGACUCGGAGCAUGAGGACAUUAGGGCGGGCAGUGCCAGUGAUGCGUACUUGGAGCGCGAAUGCAGUGAUCUCUACGAGGACGAUGAGGACUCUGAGGCAACACCCAGUCCACGGAAAAAGACAACCAUUGAGGAGCAAUGGGACCAGCAGGGCGCCUUUGAACUCAUCUCUGUGGAGCAGGAGACAUACGAGAAGUAUUUCUAUGGCACUGAGCAUUGGAAUUAUUUCACCAGCGAUGAGGAUCUGGGUCCGGUCAUUCUGUCCAUCAAGCAGGAGACGCUCAAUGGACGGGAUCAGUUCCGCAUCCUAGUGAGAGCUGGAUCCUAUACAGUGCAUGGACUGAUACCGGCGUCCUGUGUGUUUGCCGAUAGAUAUAAUCGCGAGGAGGUAGUUAGAUCUUUAGGUAAAGAAGUUAAUUUAAAUCCACCUUUAACGUUAGGACAAUUACCCGACACGCCAGAGGAAUUAUUAAAAUUAGAUCAGGUUUUUAUAAAAUCAGAAUUAAAAGUUGGCGUCAUAUUUGUCAAAGAGGAUCAAUAUACCGAAGAGCAAAUUCUGGACAAUAAUGAAAAUUCACCGCUCUUCGAUGAGUUCCUCACUCUGCUGGGCGAUCGAGUCCGAUUGCGUGGCUUUGAUAAAUACAAAGGUGGCCUUGACACGGUGCAUGACCUUACAGGUCUCUUCUCUGUGUACACAAACUGGCGCAACAUUGAGAUCAUGUUCCAUGUGUCCACAUUGCUGCCGUAUGAGAAGCAUGAUCCGCAGAAGUUGCAACGGAAACGCCACAUUGGCAAUGAUAUUGUGUGUGUGGUGUUCCUGGAGGCGGAUAAUACUCGGUUUAGUCCUGCCUGCAUCAAGAGUCACUUCCUGCACACGUUUAUCCUGGUCCGUGUUUCGGCCAGGAUCAAGCACAAACCCACGCGAUACGAGGUAUCCGUGGUGACCAGAGAUGAGGUGGGCGCCUAUAAGCCCUACCUAUGGGAGCAGUCCGUGUUCGAAAAGGGACCCAUGUUCAGGGAGUGGCUGCUAACAAAGAUUGUCAAUGGAGAGAGGGCGUCGUAUUCGGCACAAUUCGCUAGGAUGCAGGAGCGUACACGGUCACAGAUGCUCGAGGAUCUGGUGAUGAAUCUAUCGAAUCAUGCUGAAACUGGACAGAUACCGAAGCCCUAUCGUCGUGGCAGUUGGCGACCGAUCGGUGAGGAUGAAUAUUUCAAAAUGUUGCAUGCCCGUGUCCUAGACAACAACACACACCACGAACAGCAGCAGCAGCAGCAGCAUCUGCAUCUGCAACAGCAGCAGCAGCAGCAACAUUAUGGAGCCAUUUGCAGCUAUUGCAAUGGCAACACUCACGAGAUGACGAGCAAUAACAACAAUCACUACAACAACAACAACACAUUCAACAACAACACCACACACAGACACACCAACGACAACAACAAUCACUUUGAACAACAACAGCAGCAACAUUCGCAGCUGGAACAGCAACAGCAACUGCAACUGCAACACUCGACAUCAUCACUCACACACACGUCGUGUUGUGCCAUGUUGCACCUGUGUGUGAGGCAUAGCCACAUGAGACCCUCAUCGCCGCUGCUCGACUCUGUCCGGGAUCAGUUCGAGGAUUACGACCAGCUGGCCAAGGACUUUACCCGCGUAUUCCUCAACGAAGAACCAUCGUGCCUGACCAAUGCCCAUCUCUUUGACGUUGUCUUCCUGGUGGGUCAGUCCAAACAAAAGGCGCGAUUCAUUGGUGUCCGGGCGAUACUCGGAGUCCGGAGCAGGGUCUUUCAGGAAAUGCUAUAUGGCAUUCAGACCGGCUUCGGAUCACCACAGAUCCCUGUUGCCGAGAUCUUUGCCCGUCCCGCCCCCUCACUUGUGUCACCGCAGAAUCAGAAACCGAAGAGCAACAAUUACCUGACCGUUCCCGACUCGGACUCCAUAAGGCCAAAGAGUGUGCCAUCGUCGCCGAUGGUGAAGCGGGCCUUCUCCCCUGGCACCAUCACGGCGGGCUGGGGUCGGUCCAUAAGGAACAAGAACACGAAUCAACUGAAUCCGGAUGACAAGAAGAAGUGGAUUUCGUCCACGGACUGUUCGAACAGGGACAGCAAGGACAAGGACAAGGAUAAGCCGGGCAGCAACCAGCUGGCCGUGCCCCGGCUCUCCGUUUGCGCCGAUGCCCAGAAAGUGGACCGGGCCAAGCUUGCCCAGACCGAAUUCAACAUUAUUGAGUUCGAUCCGGAUACGUUUCGAGUGCUGCUGGAUUACCUGCACACGGGCACCUGUCCGCUCACCUGCGUCUCCAUACCAGGACUCCUUUGCGCCGCGGAGCACUACGAUUUGCCGGAACUGCUGCAGGCAUGCUUCCAUCACUGCAAACAAUUCCUACGCAUCGAGGUCGUAUGCCCGAUGCUCAUCUCGCUGGAGAACUACUACUGGCGCUACACAUCCGCCUCCGAGCUGGUCAACAUGAUACUGUCGUUCGUGGAGAGCAAGGCGCAUGCGCUGUUCAAGUGCCCGGAAUUCCUGCAUCUGUCCGAAUCGAUGGUCCAGAUGAUCAUGUGCCGCGAACUGCAAACGCCGGAGAUACGCAAAUUCGAGGCGAUGCUGGCCUGGGCACAGCACAAGGUGGGCAAGCUGAAGAAUCAUCCGAACAAGGAUACACAGUUUGAGUUCGAGUGCAUCAUGGAGCGGCUGACGCGCGAUCUCAAUUUGUGCCGCAUAUCGCCCAGUGAGCUGCUCACCGUCGUCCUGCCCUCCAAAUCGAUGAAGAACGAACGCAUCAUGGAGACGCUCAUGGUUCAGGUGAAUCUCGGCACCUAUCGGAUGCCCGAGCUGGAUGCGUACCGUCAGCAGUUGCGCCAGCAGGAGUCCGCCGAGGCCACCGUCCAGGUUCACCGGGGUGGAUGAGACACCGCCGAUCCACCAGCCAUUGAUGCCCGCAGCGAUGCCCGUGCCUAUGCCAUGGCCUCCUUGGCCGCCGCCCUCGAGAUGCAACAGCAGCAGGAGCAGAUCCAGGCGCAUCCCUCCAGCUCCAGUUCAGCGUAUGCCCGCGAUGCCGCCGACGAGGAGGUGGAGCUAUAUGCCAGCUUUGACAACACACCGAGCACCAGCCGGGUGGCCGCCCAGAUGCAGGCCGCCAAGGAGGCGCGCCGGAAGCGAUGGCAGGCGGAUGGUGCCAGCGGCAGCAGCGGGGACGGCGGCUGCGCCAGCGGCAGUAGCGGCAGCGGGCGGCGAUACUAAGCGGGAUGGGAGCGGAAGUGCCGCAGAUAGCCAGAGAUAUGUAGCCCGAGCAUGGAGU